UUGUCUCCUGCUCCUAUCCUCAUCUCUUUAAGAAACACAGAUGACACAGGCAGGUCUAGCCCACAUUCCUCUCCUAUCAGGAGCACAGGUUUCUAUUAGAUCCUUGACAAAAUGGCCUGGGCUACAUUUGCAGGCUGGUUAACCUCUGCUACAGAAACAGGAGUAACCCCCUUGAGAGCUGCACAACAGUAACUGGCUGUUUCUCUGCUCACACAGGCAAAAUGAACAUUGAAGAGUAUUUUGCAAGAAUUUCUUACAAUGAGUCCCAUAAGGAUGCAGACUUGCAAACCUUAACAGACAUCUUCCAGCAUCACAUCCAGGCAAUUCCUUUUGAAAACCUCAGCAUGCACUGCGGCGAGACCAUCCACCUGGAGUUAGAAUCUACUUACAACAAGAUUGUGAGAAAGAACCGUGGUGGCUGGUGCCUGGAAAGCAACCACCUUUUAUUUUGGGCCUUGCAAACCUUAGGGUAUGAUGUCUGUAUUCUUGGAGCAAAUAGCUAUGAUCCAGCAGAGAAGGCAUACACUGCUGAGAUGAAUCACAUCCUACUGAAAGUAGUGAUCAAGGGAAAUUCCUACAUAGUAGAUGCUGGGUUUGGUGGUGCCUACCAGGCAUGGCAGCCAUUGAUGUUGAUUUCUGGGAAGGAUCAACCCCAGAUUCCUGGCAUCUUCCGCUUCACGGAAGACAAUGGCACCUGGUACUUUGAGAAAGUGAAAAGGAAGCAGCAUAAUCCUGAGCAAAGUGCCCCUUCCACAGAUACUCCAGACUUGGGGAAUAUCAGAAAAAUAUAUACAUUCACCCUAGAGCCACGACAUAUAAAUGACUUUCAGGAGCUAAACACAUACCUACAAGUGUCUCCAGAUAACAUACUUAGGAAGAAGUCCAUCAGCACUCUCCAGACCCUUGAAGGGGUUUAUGCCUUAGUUGGAUGGACCUUCAGUGAGCUGAAGUAUAACUAUGAGGAGGACAUGGACCUGCUGCAGGUCACAACGCUUACAGAUGAAGAGCUUGAGAAGACACUGAAAGAAAAAUUCAAUAUAGUGCUGGAGAACAAACUUGUACCAAUAAAUGUGCGUGAUUUACCACCUAACUUAGUGGACACAGACUAACACUGUGCUUGGUUGGUCUUUAAACAU